UGAUACACUUUCGUGUAGCUCCUUUCCACUCUUGAGCCUCAUUUCACCUUCUUCCUCUGUUGGAGAAAACCCUAAUCUCCAUUUUCUCCUUCAACGCCACCAAAGCAGAUUCAGAAUGCCGCCAAAGUUCGAUCCAUCUCAAGUCGUCGACGUCUACGUCCGCGUCACCGGGGGAGAAGUCGGCGCCGCCAGUUCCCUCGCCCCUAAGAUCGGUCCCCUCGGUCUCUCUCCAAAGAAGAUCGGAGAAGACAUCGCUAAAGAAACCGCCAAGGAUUGGAAGGGUCUCCGAGUGACCGUGAAGCUAACGGUUCAGAACCGUCAGGCGAAGGUGUCCGUCGUGCCGUCCGCCGCCGCGCUAGUCAUCAAGGCACUCAAGGAGCCGGAGCGUGACCGGAAGAAGACGAAGAACAUCAAGCAUAACGGGAACAUCUCGCUUGAUGACGUCAUCGAGAUUGCUAGGGUUAUGAGGCCGAGGUCGAUGGCCAAGGAGCUCAGCGGCACUGUGAAGGAGAUCUUGGGAACUUGCGUCUCCGUCGGGUGCACGGUGGACGGUAAGGACCCUAAGGAUUUGCAGGAGGAGAUUACUGAUGGUGAUGUCGAAGUGCCUCAGGAUUGAAAAGAAUAGCUUCUGAGAAGAGAGAGAGGUUUCUCUUUUUUGAAUUCCAAAUUUUAAUGUUUGAGACUAUUGUGCGUUUUAAUUUUUGAUAUAAGGAAGUAUUUCGACUUUGUUUUGUGUUUUGGAUAAUUUAGAUUAUCAUUAUUGCCA